UUACAGGAUGGCGGCCACGCUAUUGACACUGUUGUUGGCGGCUUCGGCCUCUGCGCAGCUGAGCCCGCCCUAUCGGCCGCUGGUGACCACUCUAGAGGGGACGGUGAGCGGUGUGACCGACAGGAGCGCCGACGGAAGUCUCUUCUUCAGCUUCAAGGGAAUCCGGUAUGCACAGCCGCCCGUGGGCCCUCUGCGUUUCGAGCCGCCACUUCGCCACCCAGGCUGGCGGGGCAUAGUAGGCGCUUUAGAACAUGGCAACAAGUGCUCUCAAUUCCAGGCAUCUAACAGCAGCAGCAGGAGCAGCAGCAGCAACAACAACCUCAACAACAACAACAACAUCACCCGCAUCGGUGACGAGGACUGUCUAUUCGUGAACGUUUACACCCGCCAGCUGCCGGGACAGGACAGCUCGCUGACCGGACUGCCGGUGAUGGUCUACAUUCACGGAGGCGGAUUCUACGUUGGAUCUGGCGAUAGCGACGACUAUGGACCGCACUACUUCAUGGACGAGCCGGUGGUGCUUGUGACGUUCAACUACAGGCUCGGACCGUUCGGAUUCUUCACGACACAUGACGCGGCAGCUCCUGGAAACUACGGCCUGCUGGACCAGGUGCUGCUGCUGCAGUGGGUGCAGGACAACAUCGCCGCGUUCGGAGGAAAUCCGGGACUGGUCACCAUAUUCGGCCACUCGGCGGGAGGGGCGAGCGUCUCGCUCCUGGUACUGAGCCCCCUAGGGAAGGGCCUGUUCCACCGCGCCAUCAGUCAGUCGGGCGUGUCGUUCUCCUUGUUUGCGGCCAGUGGUAAGCGCAGGGGAUUGGCCGACAAACUAGCCACGCAGUUGGGAUGUCUUCAGCCCUACAGCGACGCAAUGGUGGACUGCGUUAAACGGACUCCAGCUGCGGUUCUUCUAGAGGCCUGGAAGGCUACCGGCGAACAUGACACCAUUGGAUUCAUCCCUCGUGUCGAUCAAGAGAGAUUCUUACCUCUUCUGCCGGAAGACGCACGGGUUCUUUUAUUAAGAGGCAGCUUCACCGUAGUUCCAUGGAUUUCCGGUAUGACCGAACUGGAGGCUGCCACGUUUCUUCCCUUUGGGCUACCUGACGAGGAGUUUGUCGAAGCAAUAGCGCAGAAAAAUCUAGUCGCAUGGAGCAGGUUCCUCCAACUGACCGGCGAGUCCCUGUUCAGGAUCCUUGACUGUGGCGCAAACCCGAUCGAGGAGACAAUCAGGGUUCUCGACUUCUUCAUCGGAGACCGUAGGGUCACGGUGGGAGCCCUCGCACGUCUUCUCUCCGAUCGACUGAUCGUAAACGAGGUUACGGAGGAGAUCCGCCUCGCCUCGGUCCAUGCGCCCGUCUACAAAUACGUGUUCGACCACCGGGGUCCCGGGCGGCCGACACUUUCCAGGACUAUGCCUGCGCCCGCCAAUCUACCGUUCCCAAUCACCGAGCUGGGAGUCGGUCACAAUGAGGACAUUCUGUAUCUGUUCACUGGAGACAUAAGGGAGUUCCAGCAGCCCGGCACUCGGGCCUACUUCGUGGUCCGCUUUAUGGUCAACCUGUGGGCCAACUUUGCACGCACGGGUAGGCCCAGCUCGGAUGUGUUGCCAAUGCCCGAGUGGCCUAUCUUCACGGAGCGCACCCAGCUACACAUGAGGCUCAAUUCGCAGCCGGAGAUAGGGGCAAAACUGUUUGGGGAACGGGUCAACUUCUGGAAAACGGUGCGCAUCAACGAGCAAUAUAGGCAUCUGUUGGACAGGAGACCCUGCUUUUAAGAGCGCUGAGAAGACGGUGGCCAGACACGUAGAAAGAGCACUGUAAAUGCAGCCUGGUUUAUCCCUUGGCAGUUAUCGCGAUAUCAUGCAAAUUGCAAAUAGAUAUUUUCGUGAA